CGCACAGCAGCAGAGCCGCACAGUUUUCAGUGGACAGCUCCGUGGUGCUGAAACCUUUCUCUCGUCAGUUUUCACAAAGGAGCAGGACCAUGGAAGGAUUUUCAUGGAAACUUUUCUUCAUCUCCUGCCUGUUUGCUGCAGAGGGCUCCGCACAGGACUUUGGACAGACGCAGUUCAUUUGCACGUCAGUUCCCAAAGAUGUGGACUUGUGCACCGCGGCCAUGCAGAACAGCGGGCCGGCGGAAGACCUGAAAACCACAAUCAUUCAGCUGCGGGAGACCGUGCUGCAGCAGAAGGAGACCAUCGUGAACCAAAAGGAGACUAUCAAGGAUCUAAAGUCCAAGCUGAGCCGCUGCGAAAGCCAGAGUCUCCCGGCUGCAGCGGGACCCGGUGGGAGACGGCCAGGGGCCAAGAACACCAUGGGGGAUGUAUCCCGGGGCACCGCAGACACUCUGGCGCAACUGGGACAGACUUUACAGACGCUCAAACAGAGACUGGAGAACCUGGAGCAGUACAGUCGAGGAAAUAACAGCGCGCAGACGAACAGCCUGAAGGAUCUGCUGCAGAACAAGAUAGAUGACAUGGAGAAGCAGGUUCUGUCCCGGGUCAACACGUUGGAGGAAAACAAACCGGGACAGAGGAACGAGACCGACGCAAGGAACAGAGUGGAGUCCACCCUGACCUCUCUGCACCACAGGAUCUCAGACCUGGAGAAAGGCAAAGAGACCAGGCCAGCAGACAGCUUCCAGCUUACCUUCCCUUUGAGAACCAACUACAUGUAUGCCAAAGCCAAGAGGAGUCUUCCUGAAAUGUACUCUUUCAGUGUGUGUCUGUGGAUAAAGUCCAACGCCUCACCUGGGGUGGGAACGCCCUUUUCCUACGCAGUUCCGGGCCAAGCUAAUGAACUUGUGCUGAUUGAGUGGGGGAACAACCCCAUGGAGUUCCUCAUCAAUGACAAGGUUGCAAAGCUGCCGUUCCUCAUCAAUGAUGGAAAAUGGCAUCAUCUCUGCAUCACGUGGACCACUCGUGACGGGAUGUGGGAGGCCUUCCAGGAUGGAGUGAAGCGGGGUAGUGGGGAGAAUCUGGCACCAUAUCACCCCAUCAAACCAGAUGGAGUGCUUGUUCUGGGACAAGAGCAGGACACACUGGGAGGAGGCUUUGAUGCGACACAAGCUUACGUCGGUGAACUGGCACACUUAAACAUCUGGAACAGGAAACUCUCAGUCAAUGAAAUCUCCUAUUUGGCAACCUGCAACAGCAAAGCACCUACCGGUAACGUCUUCUCCUGGACAGAGAGCAACAUUGAAAUAUUUGGCGGAGCUACUAAAUGGACCUUCGAGCCAUGCGGCUCAAUCAACUGAGCCGUAUCUCUUGGUUUUCAGAAAAAAAUGCCUCCAUGUAUUUCUGAGCUUUUGUCUUUUCCGUCCUCAUUUGACCUUUGUUUAGAGUGUUAUUGGUAAGCUUAAAUCUGGGAUUUAUGUCACUCUUUGGUAUUCCUGUGCACAAACAACAGCUCUCAACUUGAGGAGGGGCGAAAAAAAAAAAGAAAAAAAGAAAAUCUCAUUCCUCUCGGAGGCAUCUGUGAGAAAAUAUUGGUAUCUGCUGUUUUAAUUUUCUUAUUUUUUCGGAUGUUCAGUUUAAAGCACUUCAUUCGGGCUUAUUUUCGUCUUGGACUGGCAGCUGGCAAUCUGCGCCUCAUGUUUUGACGAUUUACAAUCCAAGUGAGGAAUUAAAUAACCGAUCCCAUCAGCCUCUUCCCUUCCUUGUUACCUUGGAAAGCGGGAGAUUAUGCUGUCCGUCCAAUCUCUGUCAGGGUUUGGCGCUGUGAUGUCUGAUGCGGUACAGCUCCUGAUGACCCCAAGACUCCUCCUGGGCCCUCCGUUGCUUUACAAAGCCCAACGUCCCCUGCCCCACCCCACCCUACCCCACCCUCCGGAAAUUGCACUGUGACUGAUAAAGAGGACAAUGCAAAGGAUGAAGGACAUUGCACAAAGUCAGACUGCGGUUAAAAGUCAAUUUGGAAUCAUUGUUCUGAGUUUUUAUUUUAUUUAUUUUGCUGUAAGAAUGUCGUUAACUCGCCAACAUUGCUACAAAGCCUGGGUGCCUUGGGCUGGUAUGAAUAUUCAGCACAUUUGGUAUGUUUUCAGUUGCAGAUUCAGUGUUUCCUAGUUUUGCGUUUUUCCCUCAUUUAUUGAUUUUUUUUUUUGCUGGGUUAAGUUUCUUAUUCUUCUCUCUUGUUGGUAAAUGUGAUUUAAUUACAGUUUGUUAUCUGACAUGAUGUGUUUUGGCAGGUGUUUGUACUACUCUGUAUUAGGAAUGUUACAGUGUCUGUAUAGUAACAGCAUGACUGACAGAGUGCUGUGAAAGCAUUGUUGAAAUCUGCUUUACUAUCCUCUCUGGGUCUGGGUUUUUUACUGUAUUGUUAUAUGCUCCAAGCAUGGCAAAACUGACAGAUGAAGAAUUUAAUUUUUGUAAUAAAAUUGUGAUACCAAA